CACACGUGAAUUCUUCAAACUUUUCGUUGGCUGCACUGAUGAACGAAUACAUACAUGGUGCUUGGAUUUGAGUAACGCCGUGAAAAUUUUGUUUACGUUUUUUAAUAAGUUACAAUAAUGAAUUUUGUUGGCUUGGAUAAAAUUGUUUUUAAAUAUCUUGUGGCAUGUGUAUAAAGUGACUUAUAUUUAUAUUUGUGUUUGAAAAGAGUCGUCAGCCACUAUCUGAUUUGUAGGAAAAUGGUUGAGAUGCUGGGAGUUUGCGUUGGGGCCAUGGUAGGCAUGGCGGUGUUGAUGAACUUUUCUCUCCACAAGAUCGAAGAGGGCCAUGUUGGUGUUUACUACAGGGGUGGUGCUUUGCUGUCGAACACUAGCCACCCUGGGUUCCACAUGAUGGUCCCGUUCAUCACAACCUUCAGAGCUGUUCAGGUGACAUUGCAGACAGAUGAAGUCAAGAACGUUCCUUGUGGCACGAGUGGAGGGGUCAUGAUUUACUUUGAUCGCAUUGAAGUAGUAAACAUUUUGAGUGCUAGCAGUGUUUUUGACAUAGUGAAGAACUACACAGCCGACUAUGAUAAAACUCUCAUCUUCAACAAAGUGCACCAUGAACUGAACCAGUUUUGCAGUGUCCACAGCCUGCAAGAGGUGUACAUUGAUUUGUUUGAUCAAAUUGACGAGAACCUCAAAGUGGCCCUGCAGCGUGACCUGAACGAGAUGGCUCCUGGCUUGUACAUACAAGCCGUGCGGGUCACCAAGCCAAAGAUACCGGAAACCAUUCGCAAAAACUAUGAGCUCAUGGAGGCUGAGAAAACGAAAUUGCUGAUAUCAACACAGCACCAGAAGGUUGUGGAGAAAGAUGCAGAGACAGAACGCAAGAAAGCCAUAAUUGAAGCAGAGAAAGAAGCUUUGGUUGCUAAAAUUCAUUUUGGUCAAAAAAUCAUGGAAAAGGAAUCUAUCCAAAGAAUGUCUCAGAUAGAAGACGAGAUCCACGUGGCGCGGCAGAAGAGCCGGGCGGACGCGGACCACUACGAGAUGAAGCGGCAGGCGGAGGUGAACAGCAUCCUGCUGUCGCGGCAGUACCUGGAGCUGAAGAAGUACGAGGCCAUAGCCACCAACAGCAAGGUGUUCUUCGGCCCGGAGAUCCCCAGCAUGUUCCUGCACGGGGGCUGCCUGGACCCGAAGGACGUCGCGCCCCUGGCGGCCGCGGCCGGCUCCGACAAGGGCGGCGCGCAGGCCAAGUCGGAGGCUGCUUGCACCGGCAACUGUUAGCAGCUCCGUGUCAGACACUGAAACACCGACGUUUCACUUUCAUUUUCCUUCUAAAACCACACAUUUCUUUACCUUUCAUCUGAUUUUAGUUUCUUGCUGGGCGUGACUGCACAUCUGUGUAUAAAUCAGUUAUUUAAAAAAAAAGUAUAUUUUGGUUUAAACAGCCGUAGUUACAAAGAAUGAAACGGUAUUUCAAACCUUCAUUUAUGUGGUGCAAGCAUUUUUGGGAUAGUAAUUUAAAGUGUCGUCUGCAAAUGUUGUGAAUGGCAGAGGAUUUUUUUUUUUUUAUCUGUUUAAGUAAUUUAGUCGUGUUGCAGUUUAAAAUAGCGUAGCUAGCGUGAAUAAAUUUCCUUCAUUAUUCCGUGGGUUUGUGCAUUCAGAAGUACCUAAUGUCAAGCUAAUUUUUUCAGUUUUAUUCUUACUGUUACUUGCUUGCGUCAGUUCUUCAUUUUGUGUGUGUGACAGAUGUUAUUGUGAGAGUUAAUUUAAAAAUAAAAGUUGCCACUUGAAACUAUAAUUGAUAAUAAAAAAAAAUAAUUGAAAACUUUUGCAAUCAUGGUAUUUGGAGAGCUACAUUGUAUGUAGCAGAAGUGCAGAAUCUGGGGAAAAUGUAUUUUUGCCUUUGGUAUGAACAGUGAUUUGUGCAACAUAAUUUUUGCACAAUAAAUUAUUUGAGGUGUUAACAUAUGUACAUUUUUAGGUAAUUAUAUAAGAAAGACAGAAAUUUGUAGUGUUUAUCUAAAUGAAUAAAAUUGUAAUAAUUGUUGUUAUUAUUUAUUACAUACAAAUAUGAAUUCAAACUUUAUAUCUCAGGUAUCUAUGCACUCUAAUGUAAUGCCAUUUUUAUAGGUUGGUAUUUAUUCUUGUGAAUAACUGUUACUUUGAAAUAAAAUUGGAAUGGGGAGAAAACAGAAGGAUAGUUGAUGUGAAGUGAGUUUAAAUCAUUCAUAUUUUGUUUGUUAUUAAUUUAAUGUUAAAUUUAUAAAACUGAGAAAAUGGUACUGUCAACAAACACUUGCAAGUGGUUUUACAUCACAAUUGUGUUCAUUAGUGUACACUGCAAAGAAGAAUAUUCUAAUCAAGUCAUGCUUUUGACUGUAUGAGUGGCACUCAUGUUAAAUGUCAAGAAAUUGUUAACAUUGCUUAUUUUGUAACUUUUUAGAUAAUUGUUUUAGGUUUAGUUUUGCUGAAUGUGUUUCAAGUGAAUUUACACCUGGACUGAAGAUUUGUGCCUAAAUGCUUAGCACAACCUGUUUUUUUAAUUUAAUUUGAUUAUUUUUAUUCUGCUCUGACCCAUACUUGUAUGUGCUUUUCAUCUUAUGUUUUGUUUUUCGUUAGUUUUUUUUUUUUUUUUAAGCAGACGUUGCCACAUCACAUCCGAAGAAUCACGUGUUCCAGUGGUUGUUUUGUUGCACUGUGCCAGUGAGUUUGUGUCAUUCAGAAAGAUGUCGCUCCGAAUCAUGUGCUUCACCCAGUGAGUGACCGAUAUCGUCACGUGAUGCAGCUGGUGAGGUGUAGCUGCCACGGCUGAGAUUGUGAUCACCAUUUGUCACCUGUCGCGAUCAUGCACGAGAUCACAUGAAUUAUUGUGAUAAUUCUGAAGCUCAAGAGCUUGUGUAAGAGCACUGCAGUGUAUAUAUAGAUGUCCAAUACUGUAACACUGAGUAUUUGUUCCUCUUCUGUAGUCUCUUUUAUUCACAAUUGUAAAAUAAUAAUAAUAAUUUCCCACUCAAGUCUCAUAGUUUGUGAAACAUAUGAAGUUUCUAUUGCUUAGAAAGAGGUAAAUCAAUUCCAGGAAAAUGUACUAUUGAAAACAAUUAUUACAAAGUAAAACUUCUUUUGUACACUUUAAAUGGGACCAAGAAAUUAUUCUGCGACAUAAAGCAGGUUUAGACUUGCGUCUCUCACACCAUGUUGGUAGUUUCAUUUCCUUGUCUUCAUUAUUAUUUGAGGACUGUUUCUGUCAUAUGUUGAUAGCUCUCUUGAUUUGAUGUUUGGUUGAAAGGUUAUUUGUGAGCUGUAAGAUGUCAGAUGUCAUGUAAGUGAUCGCAUUUAUAAACAUGUGUGUGAAA